AGUAGUGGUAUCAGUAGCUUAUACUACAGUGUCCAGGUUGAGAACUUAGGCCCUCAAGUAGUAUGCUUGAAUGAUUGUGUUGUGGUACAUUAAAAGUAAUAUUUUUUGGUGAUUAUUCUGCUUAUAUGCCAAGAUGUCAAUAAAGGCUUUACAGAGUAAAACACAGAAGAGGCAGGUACCAAUAACUCUCUGACCCACACAACUUUAGGACACCCACUACUGUGCGUAUGUGUUGUGAGUGAGUUCUUCCUUUGCAUGUUGCAUUAAUAUGGAAUUUUUCAGAAGUGAUUAUUAUUGGGCAUUAAACCUGGUUUCAUUCUGAGUCUAAAGAAUCCUCUGGGCCAUUAUGCCGAGGGGGUAGCCCUCCUCUGUCUAUGGAGAAGCUACUCUAGAAAAAUAAAAAGAAAAGAAAAAAUAAAUAAUCGUGUAACAAAUUAUAUAAUUAAAAAUAAAACUUAAAAGCAGAUUUUAUACACUAACUAGAUGUGUUAUAAACAAACUAUACCAGGCAUGGCAUGUUUUAUUGGACUUGGGAUUUCUUUUUCUUUUUCUUUUUUUUUUUUAGAUGGAGUCUAACUUUUUUUUUUUUUUGAGACGGAGUUUCGUUCUUGUUACCCAGGCUGGAGUGCAAUGGCGCGAUCUCGGCUCACUGCAACCUCCGCCUCCUGGGUUCAGGCAAUUCUCCUGCCUCAGCCUCCUGAGUAGCUGGGAUUACAGGCACGUGCCACCAUGCCCAGCUAAUUUUUUGUAUCUUUUUUAGUAGAGACGGGGUUUCACCAUCUUGACCAGGAUGGUCUCAAUCUCUUGACCUUGUCAUCCACCCGCCUCGGCCUCCCAAAGUGCUGGGAUUACAGGCUUGAGCCACCGCGCCCGGCUAGCAAUGUGUUUUUUGUGUGUGUAUGAGACAGUUUCGCUCUUACUGCCCAGGCUGAACUGCAAUGGCAUCUCGGCUCACUGUAGUCUGCCUUCUGGAUUCAAGCGAUUCUCCUGCCUCAGCCUCCCAAGUAGCUGGAAUUACAGGCAUGUGCCACCACACCUGGCUAAUUUUGUAUGUCUUGGUAGAGACAGGUUUCUCCAUAUUGGUUAGGCUGGUCUUGAACUCUCGACGUCAGGUGAUCCACCCCCCUCAGCCUCCCAAAAUCCUGUGAUUACAGGCAUGAGCUACUGCACCCGGCCCUCUAAGCAAUGUAUUAUAUGUGGGGAUGGGUAACUUGGGUGGCUUAUCUAAAUCCUUAUUGUAGAGAUGGUAAUUAGUCUUGCAAAUGAUUUCCUGAAUUUAUAAGUAGUCCAUAAUUUUCAUUUCUUUUUUUCUUUGAGACGGAGUUUUGCUUGUGUUACCCAGGAUGGAGUGCAAUGGCGUGAUCUUGGCUCACCGCAACCUCCGCCUCCUGGGUUCAGGCAAUUCUCCUGCCUCAGCCUCCUGAGUAGCUGGGAUUACAGGCAUGCGCCACCAUGCCCAGCUAAUUUUUGUAUUUUUAGUAGAGACGGGGUUUCGCCAUGUUGACCAGAAUGGUCUUGAUCUCUUGACUUCGUGAUCCACCCGCCUCGGCCUCCCAAAGUGCUGGGAUUACAGGCAUGAGCCACUGCCCUUGAACCAAUUUUAUGUAGUUGUCUUACAUACAAUAGUAGAUUUUAUAGCCUUUUAAAACCUGUAUCUCUAUAAUACUUAAUUUCACUGUUUUGCAUAUUUCUUUUUUUGUAUGUGUGAGGUUUUAAAUUUUAAAAUUUUUAUUUUUUCCUGAAUAUUUCUGCCAUCUAAGAAGGUUGCCAAGUUUUACUUUCUGUAUUUUAUAGUAGCUACUAUGUAUUUCCAAUUUCUAUACUAAGUCAUGUGCCAACUACUUUGUUUACAUUGUUUCAUUUAACUCUGGAAAAUCUGUUGAAAUAAAUUCUAUUAAUCCCCAUUUCUUUUUUUUUUUUUUUUUUUUUGAGAUGGAGACUGGAGUCAAGUGACUCUUCUGCCUCAGUUUCCUGAGUAGCUGGGACUACAGGCGCAUGUCACCGUUCCCGGCUAAUUUUUAUAUUUUUAGUAGAGAUGAGGUUUCACCAUAUUGGUUAGGCUGGUUUCGAAAGCCUGACCUUGUGAUCCUCGCAAAGUGCUGGGAUUACAGGUGUGGGCCACCACACCCGGCAAUCCCCAUUUCAUAGAUAGACACCAAGACUCAGAGGUUACUUAAACAAAUUGCCUAAAAUUGUAAAUGGUAGAUAAUAGCAGAUAUAUCUAAGAUGCCCUUUUGAAUGAUAUUCUCCAAGAUUUUUGAAUGCAAUUCUCCAAGAUUUGAAAACAACCUUGUUCUAAUUAAAAUGUACUUAACUAUAUUUUGCCAUACCACUUUAUGGUUUUGGUGGGUAGUUAACCUGGCAGUUAGAAAUAAGAGUUCUCUGUUCCUCAUUCACCCAGGCAACAGCUAUUUGCUAUAAACAUUAAUUGCUCUUCAGUUCGAUAGAGUGAACUUUGGACACUUUUGGAAAUCAUAUUUCUUCUAUAUGGUCCUACAUCUUAAAUUAGAUAACAUGCUGUUUUGCCUUGAUUGGCCUGGACCUGGCAGUAAUGAAACCUACCUGUUCAUUAGAGGAAGUACAACUGUCAGCUUUGAAGCCUGUUAGGCACAGAUCAGUGUUUAGUAAGUGCUGGAUGACUGAGUUUGAAAUGGAUUUAAAGACUAAAAUAAAGUAAGUUGUUAGGUAACCUUUAUUUGAGGAUUUUUUUUUUUUUUUUUUUUUGAGAUGGAGUUUCAUUCUGUCACCCAGUCUAGAGUGCAGUGGCGCAAUCUUGGCUCACUGUAACCUCUGCCUCCCGGGUUUAAGCAAUUCUCCUGCCUCAGCCUACGAAGCAACUGGAACCACAGAUGCGUGCCACCAUGCCUGGCUAGUUUCUUUGUAUUUUUAAUGCAGAUGAGGUUUCACCACAUUGGCCAAGCUGGUCUUGAACUCCUGACCUCGGGUGAUCCCCCAACCUUGGUCUCUCAUAAAAAAGAUUCUUUUAUGCUGGCAUUUAUUUGUAAAAUGUCAAUUAUGUUGCUGUAAUCGAUAUAUUAAUACAAAAAUGAAAUCAAGAUUUGUCCGAUCUUAAAAUGUUUUGCCCACUUUGUGACUAUUAUAAUUUUCUUGGAUAGUUAUUUAAAAAGGAAUUUCUAUUUAGGGAGUUAAAUAAUUUUAAUACUGUACAGAUACUAUUUUUUCUUUUGAAAAAACUGAAGCAUAAGUGUUUUCUAUAUCUAUAGUUGUUUCCAUCUUUAUUUCCAAACAAUUAUCCAGUAAGGUUUUUUUAGAGGAGUCUUUGAAGGCACAUGGUUGGGAAUUUAAAAUUAUUAGAGUUUAAACCUUUCCCUAUCCAGAGCUGUCUGUGAUUUAUAAAAGACUGAAUAGACUUUUUUUAAAGAUUAAUUUUUUUUUCUUUUACUGAGACAGUCUUACCCUGUUGCCCAGUUUGGAGCACAGUAGCAAGAUCUCGGCUCACUGCAACCUCUGCUUCGCAAGUUCAAGUGAUUCUUGCGCGUCAGCUUGCUGAGUAGCUGGGAUUACAGGUGUGCAUCACUGCACCUGGCAGAUUUUUUUUGUAAUUUUAGUAGAGAUGGGGUUUCACCAUGUUGGCCAGACUCGUCUUGAACUCUUGGCCUCAAGUGAUCCGCCUGCCUGGGCCUCCCAAAGUGCUGUGAUUACAGGCAUGAGCCACUUUGCCUGACCACGAUUGAGAAUUUUUUAUGGUCGGAAAGAUCUUUAUUUUUUCAGCCUCCCUUCCUACCAGUUGAUUUUAUAAGAUACUGUUUUUAAUGUUGCUAAAGUCAUCUUCUCUCCCACCCCCCCUCUAUUUGGGUACUCUGCAGACUGCCCUUGUAAUACUUGGAGAUUUUAUUUAAAUUAUCCAGUGAUAUUUAGAAAAUAAAAUCAAAUAUAUUUUAAUUUUAAUGUAAUAGCUACCAUAUAUUCUGCCUACCUACUUACUGUGUACUAGAUCCUAUAAGUUCUCAUGUAUAUGUAUUCUUAUUUAAUCUUGCUGAAAAUUCUAUCAAGUUUGUUAAUGCAAUUUGAAAAUAUAAAAGGCUCUGAAAACUGGACUUCUUUUGUUAGUUUUUUGGUGACAAAACCUAACCUGACCUGCAAUGAUGUAAGGCUGUUUUAUCUGUUUAUCCAUCCCAUUCAGUGUGAGUAUGCUUGCAUUUUAUUUAACUGCUGAAAUAUUAAUAUGCUUGAUGCUUAAUGGCAUGCUUAUUAUUUUCUGAAAACCAGAAAAAAUGUGAAUUCUGAAGCCUGUCUACUGCUUCAGGAUUCAGAAAAGAGCAUGUGGGCCUGUUAGCUCCUCCACUCUCUUGGUGGAGAAGAGAGGUUAAGUAACUUAAUGAAAUGAGGGGAGAAAGUGGUUAAGAAGCUGACUUUGGGCUACUACCUGUAUACAUAUCCUUCCUCUACUGGGAGAGCCACUGGGUCACUUUCCUUGGGAAGGUCACUUUUCCUUUUCUGUGCUUUAGUUUUCUCAACUAUAAAAUAGGAACAAUAAUAGUACUUUACUAAUAGGUUUGCUGUGUGAUUAAAUCACUUGAUGUAAUUACACAUUUAGAAUAGUGCCUGGCAUAUAGUAAGUGCUGUAUAAGUAUUAACUAUUACUGCUUUUUUUCUUUUUGAGAUGGGAGUUUUGCUGGUUGCCCAGGCUGGAGUAUAAUAGCUCCAUCUUGGCUCACAGCAACCUCUGCCUCCCGGGUUCAAGUGAUUCUCCUGCCUCAGUCUCCUGAGUAGCUGGGAUUACAAGCAUGUGUCACCACACCCAGCUAAUUUUGCAUUUUUGAUAGAGAUGGGGUUUCUCCAUGUUGGUCAGGCUAGUCUAGAAUUCCCGACCUCAGGUAAUCUGCCUGCCUUGGUAUCCCAAAGUGUUGGGAUUACAGGUGUGAGCCACUGUGCCCAGCCAAACUAUUAUUGCUUUUAUGAAGUAGGUGCUAAAUGGCAGAACUAUAAUAGGAUGAAUGUGACAGUAACUUUUUUUUUUUUGAGACAGAGUCUCAUCUGGUUGCCCAGGUUGGAGUAUAGUGGUCUAGUCUAGGCUCACUGAAACCUCUCCCUUUUGGGGUCAAGCAGUUCUCCUUGACCUCCUAAGCCACCCAAGUAGCUGGGACUACAGGUGUGUACCACCAUGCCUGGCUAAUUUUUUGAAUUUUCAGUAGAGAUGGAGUUUCAACAUGUUGGCCAGACUGGUCUCAAACUUCUGACCUCAAGUGAUCCUCCUGCCUUGGCCUGCCAAAGUGCUGGGAUUACAGGCGUGAGCCACUCCUCCUGACCUGACAGUAGCUUUUGAAGUCACUUAAUAUGGGUUUGAUUUUGAAUAUCCACUGAACCUGCAUCCUAUUGUAUUAUGACCUACAGUAUUAUAGGAGCAUCUUUAAAAUGCUUUGAAAGGAUCUGUAGAAGUUUCAGGUAAUACCUAUGAAGUAUUAUUCUUGACACCCCCACUUUUUUUUUUUGAAGUGGAGUCUCACUGUGUCACCAGGCUGGAGUGUAGUGGUGCAAUCUAAGGUUCACUACAAGCUCGGCCUCCUGGGUUCAAGCAAUUCUUGUGCCUCAGCCUCCUGAGUAGCUAGGAUUAUUAGGCACGUGCCAUGGCAUCCUGCUAAUUUUUGUAUUUUUAGUAGAGACGGGGUUUCACUGUGUUAGCCAGGAUGGUCUUGAUCUCCUGACCUCAUGAUCUGCCCACCUCAGCAUCCCAGAGUGCUGGGAUUAUAGCUGUGAGCCACUGCACCUGGCCUGUUCUUUUUUUUUUUUCUUCUUAGAGACAGGGUCUCUGUUGCCCAGGCUGGCAUGCAGUGGCAUGAUCACAGCUUACUGCAGCCGUGAACUCCUGGUCACAAGUGAUCCUCCUGUCUUAGCCUUCUGAGUAGCAGGGACUACAGGCCUGUGCCUCUACACCUGGCUAAUUGUUUCAUUUUUUAGUAACAAUAAAGUCUCGAACACCUAGGCUCAAACAAUACUCUUGCUUUGGCCUCCAGAAGUGCCUGGAUUAUAGGCAUGAGCCACAGCACCUGGUUACCCAGUAUGCUUUCUAAUAAUUAUUGAAAAGGGCUCACUUUUGAGAAUGUAAGGGAAAGGGAGUUAUUUUUAUGCUCUUCUUUGUAAUUUUAAAAUGAUGGGAUCAGACUAGGAUGGCUGUGCUUAAAUUUUUUUGUUUUUUGUUUUUGAGAGAGUCUCUUUCUGUCACCCAGGCUGGAGUAUAGUGGCAUGAUCUCAGUUCACUGCAACCUCUGCCUCCUGGGUUCAAGUGAUUCUCCUGCAUCAGCCUCCUGAGUAGCUGGGAUUACAAGUGCCCACCAUCACACCCAGCUAAUUUUUUUUGUAUUUUUAGUAGAGAUGCAGUUUAGCCAUAUUGGCCAGGUUGGUCUUGAACUUCUGACCUCAGGUGAUCUGCCUGUCUUAGCCUCCCAUAGUGCUAGGAUUACAGGCAUGAGCCACGGUACCUGGCCACAUUUUUAACAAAGUGAUUUAGACACAUUUAGACUUCACUAGUAGUCUCUCUCUCUUUUUCUUUUUUUUUUUUUGAGGCAAGGUCUUGCUUUGCCAUCCAGACUGGAAUGCAGUGGUGCCAUCACCGCUCACCUCAGGCUUAACCUUCUGGGCUCAACCGAUCCUUUCACCUCAUCCUCCCAAGUAGCUGGGACCUCAGGUUUGGGCCCCAUGGUAUCCCUGUGACAGUAUUUCCCAAAAGGGAAUAUAAGGAUAAACCAGAAGCCAUGCAGCUCCAAAGUAAUACAUUCCAAGAAGGGACAGAAGUCAAGUGUGAAGCAAAUGGUGCUGUUCCCGAUGACCCUUCUCCUGUCCCGCCUCCAGAGCUGAGCUUGGCUGAAAGCCUGUGGACUUCCAAACCACCACCUCUCUUCCAUGAAGGAGCACCUUAUCCUCCCCCUUUGUUUAUCAGGGACACAUAUAACCAAUCAAUACCUCAGCCACCUCCUCGGAAAAUUAAGCGACCUAAACGAAAAAUGUACAGGGAAGAACCCACUUCAAUAAUGAAUGCUAUUAAAUUACGACCCAGGCAAGUUCUGUGUGAUAAAUGUAAAAACAGUGUUGUUGCUGAAAAAAAGGAAAUUAGAAAAGGUAGUGCAAGUGACUCUUCUAAAUAUGAAGAUAAAAAACGGAGAAAUGAAAGUAUAACUACUGUGAACAAAAAACUGAAAAGUGACCAUAAAGUGGAUGGGAAAAACCAAAAUGAGAGUCAGAAAAGAAAUGCUGUGGUUAAGGUUUCAAAUAUUGCUCACAGCAGAGGCAGAGUAGUAAAAGUUUCUGCUCAGGCAAAUACAUCAAAAGCUCAGUUAAGUACUAAAAAAGUUCUCCAGAGUAAGAACAUGGAUCAUGCAAAAGCUCGGGAAGUGUUAAAAAUUGCCAAAGAAAAGGCACAAAAGAAGCAAAAUGAAACCUCUACUUCCAAAAAUGCACAUUCAAAAGUCCAUUUCACACGUCGAUAUCAGAAUCCUAGCUCAGGUUCCCUUCCACCCCGGGUUCGUUUAAAACCACAGAGGUACAGGAAUGAAGAAAAUGAUUCUUCUCUGAAGACAGGACUUGAGAAAAUGCGGAGUGGCAAGAUGGCACCCAAGCCCCAGUCUCGCUGCACCUCUACCCGCUCAGCAGGUGAGGCCCCUUCAGAAAAUCAGAGUCCCUCAAAAGGCCCUGAAGAGGCCAGCAGUGAGGUUCAGGACACAAAUGAAGUGCAUGUGCCUGGUGAGCAGGAUGAACCACAGACAUUGGGCAAAAAGGGCAGCAAAAGCAAUAUCUCUGUUUACAUGACCCUAAAUCAAAAGAAAUCUGACUCUUCCAGUGCUUCAGUGUGCAGCAUUGAUAGCACAGAUGAUUUGAAAUCUUCCAACUCUGAGUGUAGUUCUUCUGAAAGCUUUGAGUUUCCUCCAGGCAGUAUGCAUGCACCUUCCACCUCCUCCACUUCCUCCUCUUCAAAGGAAGAGAAAAAGCUCAGUAAUUCCUUGAAAAUGAAAAUCUUUUCCAAAAAUGUCUCUAAAUGCGUCACACCAGAUGGCAGGACCAUAUGUGUAGGGGACAUUGUUUGGGCCAAGAUAUAUGGCUUCCCUUGGUGGCCAGCCCGUAUUCUUACUAUAACUGUGAGCCGGAAAGAUAACGGCCUUUUAGUCCGACAGGAGGCCCGUAUUUCAUGGUUUGGGUCUCCAACAACAUCUUUCCUUGCUCUUUCACAACUCUCCCCCUUUUUAGAAAACUUCCAGUCACGCUUUAAUAAGAAGAGAAAGGGCCUGUAUCGCAAGGCUAUCACAGAGGCAGCUAAGGCUGCCAAGCAGCUGACCCCUGAAGUACGGGCUUUGUUGACACAAUUUGAAACCUGAACAUGGACAGUAAGCACAAAGACAUUAGCAGGCUGCUGGUUUCAUGGACCUGUACCACAAUGACACAGAGAACACCAGAGCAUCAGGACUGAAUGAAAUUGGAGUUUUUAAAGCUGCUCUAAGAAGUAAAUGUUAAGGCAGUGGUUAAAAACAACAGUCUAUAAAGGGGCACUUGCAAAUUGUGCUAUAUUAAACCGAAGAAAAGGUAUUAGGGAAUAUUUUAUAAAAAAUAAACUAUUGCAAUAAAUUAUACAUGAGAUGAGGAGGAAAACGAUGUGAAAUACACAUAGAAGAGCUCACUUGAAUUUUAUGUAUGAAGAAACACUGACAGUAACUUCUUUUGAAUGUGAAGUUCUUAUCAGUACAGUUUGGACAGGCCUAAAAGGCAUGGGAUGAUGCAGAAAUGCUAAAUUAUUUUUCAUUCUUAAACUGUGCUUUCUCCAAGGUUUAGGUUAACUAGUUCAGAUAUGAGCAAAGGUAUUUCUAAAAUGGCUCUCCUAUAAAACAGCAAUAGUCACAGAUGCCAAGGCCAGUGUUUCCUUCAGGGUGCCAGUAGAAACAACAGAAAGUAACAUCCUGCUGAAAGGAUGGCAAAGUGCCCCGCCCUACCCCACAAACAAAAUUUGGAUCUUUUCUUUCUUUAAUAAAGCAGGGCUGUAUUAUCUUGAAUAUAUGUUUGCUUGUUAGAACAUAUUAAGAUAUAUUUAUUUGCCACUAGUAUUUAACAUUUUGUGCACAUUUUCAUAAUUACAUUCUUAUCUUUCAAAUUUUGACUCAAAAUGGAUAGGUUAGUGUUGAUCUUGGAGUGCAGAUAUAUACUCCAAGAGCUAGUUCUUAAUUCUGCUGAGCUGGAGAGCCUUUUAUUAUUGUCUGUAUCCUUACUGGUUUUAUCUAGUUCAGAAAAGGUGACAUCGUCUAAAUUUUGGUGUGAACCUCUCUCUACAGAGAGCCCCUCCUAAGUGCAAGAAAUUCUAACAGGUGUCAGUAGGGCUUGGCCCUGGGGGACAAGUGGCAGGAACAGGAUCCUUCAAAACAGUGUCAAACUUUUCAUGCAUGGAGCAUGAAUUCUUACUAAUAGAGACUGUAAUUUUUUUCUUGUCUUUGGUAAAUAUUAUUUUAAAAAACCUUAAUUUUUCUUUUUUAGUGAAUGGAGAAAACAUGAGAAAACCAGAUGGACCUGUUAGUACUACAUUUGUAAGGCAUUUUAUAUUUGAUGGCGCCGUACUUUUAAUAAUAAAACUGAAGUUUUUUAGUGGCAAUACUGAUUUAUUUUUUAAGCCAGAAAGAUAAUCCAUAUUGAUUAUUACAAAAAAAAGGGAAAAUAUGCCAAAAAAUAGAAAACCGUAAAAUUCCUAUGAAGCAACGUAACAGAUAACUGAGCACUUGGCUCAAGUAGUCCAACUUUCCAUAAUGUUACUAUAUAAGUUUGGAAUUACCUAUUAACCCCAGGCUCAGGAUUAAUAAAAGGUUCUGGGUGAGUUUUAAACGUUUAAUAUGUCUAUGAUUUGUUUUACAACUUGAAGAAAAGGCAGGCAGUCUUGUUUCUAAUGAGCUUAAUGUAAAUUCUUAUUAUACUGCAAAUAAUUUAAAGUUUUGAUUGCAUUCUACAAUUGUCUGUUUGAAAAAUUCCAUAUAUGGAGUCAUUAUAUAUUUUAUCAGAUCAGAAAAAGUCAGCUCAGGAACUGUAGCAGCAGGGGAUUCUAAAGAUGACAUGAACUAUACCUAUAGGGGUGCCCUACUCUAUGUGGCCUAGAGCUUUGGUUUGGGUCAAUCUUGUUCUUUCAGAUAACAACACCAGCAGUACCUUUCAGGCUUACUUCAAGAACCAGAUAACUCCCAAGCCAUGGUGGAAUUAUAUGAGUUGUAUAAUUAAGAUUUUUAAUUUUGCUUUAGAAUUCUUUAUUUGUGUAGAGUGAUGGAAAUGACCAAGAAGUAAUAAUAUAAAGCAAAAGAAUUGGGAGGAUCAGGUUUUAACUAUGUAAAUUGUUUUUUCUCAUGGUGUAUUCUCAAAGCUGUUGUGUUACAAACCAAAUUUUCAUUAAAAAAAAAAAUGAAACUUGGUGGUAUUUAAAAUCUAGACAUACCAUGUUGUUAUUUCACUUUCAUUGCUUUAGUUGCUUAAUAUUUAAGCUUUGCUUCAUGCUACCUUUUGUCUGUAUUUCAAUCUUCAUAAGCCUAUUUUGUUUUGUAGACUUGAAUGAUAAAAAUUGUUUCUCAUCUGAAGUAUGCUCAGAGUUUUAAAUGUUAAAGAAUGUUGUGUAACCUUUAUUCAAUAAAGUCUUUGAUUUUUUAAAAAA